AUGCAAUCGGUUAUUAUCGUAGAGCAAGAGUUAAAGGACUCUGUUAAAGGUUACGGGCAAAUUCUUGAUACUGCUAACGAAAACAAGAGUAGAUCUGAGUCAUUGGACAAAUACAUUGAUCAAGAAGGUAAAAUAACUGAUAAACUUGGUUUAAGUAAUGAAAUAUUCGAAAGUAUAGUCGAUUUAGCCAAGCUCUCUGACAAAGAAUUUGAACCAACGUUCAACUUGGCUGUGUACAUUCUCAUUGAAUUAACUGGAUCAAUGACUGAAGUUUUGGACAAGUACCCAACCCUUUUAACCCAACUCACCAACAUCAACCCAGCAAAACAACCAACUUUAAGAGACAGAAAAUCUAUCAAGGCAAGCAGCAUUUUGUCACUUUUAAACAACAUCUUCAACUUCUUGCCUGAAACUUCCAAAUACAGAAUUGAAGUUGUUUCCAAGAUCUUGUCCAUUGUCAAGGACUCUCAAUUAAACUUCAACAUCGUUUCACAAGCUAUUGGGCAAAACUUAGUCCAAUGGUUGACCACUGCAGGUGCUAGUGAAGAUGAAAUCAGAUCUAUAUUCUGGCAAUUCAUUUCAUUGGAUAACGUAGAAUAUUCAUUGGAAACCUUACAAGUCAUCAAAAAAUUCACCUCAAACUACAAAGUUGUAAAAUUGGAAGAGUUACAUUCAUUGAUUGAUUUCGCCUUCAAGACUGAAGUUGUUGACGUAUCAUUCUUAGUCAACUCCAACGUAAGCGAGGCUAUACAACAGUACAAAUCCAGCGACGAACUUGUAGCUUUGUUCGACAAGUACGUACACGGUGAAAUUAUUCAAUCUCCAUCCCAAUAUCCAAGCGUCACUGAGAAGUCAAAGAUCUUGGCUCUCACCAAGUUCUUUGCAGAACUGAACGGUGUGUUUGUGUUUAAAUAUGCCGACUUUCCAUCCACUUUGGUCUCUUCUCCUAUCGAACUCGAAACUUUAUUGAUCAAGUCCAUCAAGGCAGGCGUCAUUGAAGGUAAAUUAAAUCAACUUAAUGAAUCAUUCUACUUGACAAGAGCAAAUAGAUUUGUUCUUGCUGGCUCCAGCGAGGAUAACACUAAGAACUGGGAAGCUGUUGAAAAGGUUUUACAUGACUGGAAGAAUUCUUUGCACAACAUCAAAGACAUCGUUAAUACUAGUAGGGAAAACAUCGUUAAUAAUCAAGGUUAA